AUAAAUUCAUGAGACGGUGACGCGCGCGGGAGGCGGAGCGUCAUCCAGGAAGACGCGCGCGUCACGGAAUCCGCUGCUUCUCUUCAGUCAAAUCCGCGCUCGCAUCGCAUCGCAUCGCGUCUAUAUUCAGAGAUGCAGCAACAUCAGCUCUGGCGCGCGUUUGCGCUCCUCUAUUUGCCGUUUUUAGGAAGCGCCGUUGAUUUUAAAACGCGGACGGGACCGCGAGUGACGGACAAGGUGUUUUUUGACAUCACCGUCGGAGGACACGAGGUUGGCAGGAUCGUGAUUGGUUUGUUUGGAGAGGUCGCUCCGCUGACCGCGCAGAACUUUGUGGCUCUCGCCACAGGAGAGAAGGGCUACGGGUACAAAGGCAGCAAGUUCCAUCGGGUUAUCAAGGACUUCAUGAUCCAAGGAGGAGAGUUCUCCACUGGAGACGGAACAGGAGGUAAAAGCAUCUACGGAAGCACGUUUGCAGAUGAGAACUUCAGGCUGAAGCAUCUGGGCGCAGGUUGGGUCAGCAUGGCAAACGCCGGGCCGGACACCAACGGCUCGCAGUUCUUCAUUACUUUAGCCAGAGCGCCGUGGCUGGACGGAAAACACGUGGUGUUUGGCAAAGUCUUGGAGGGGAUGUCUGUGGUUCACACCAUCGAGCUCCAGGACACUAACGAUCGUAACCUGCCCUACACCGAGUGUGUGAUCGUCAACAGCGGCAAGAUCAAGCUCAAAGAGCCCUUCAUCGUGGAAGUGGAGGGAUGGUGAACCGUUAUGAUUUCUGUCUUCAUAUAUUCAUAUCUGCUGUGGUGUGAUCGUAUCAUCAUUAGAUUCUUCUCUUACUAUGCAGACACUUUUUGUAAGUUUCUUUCCUACAGCAUCAUACGGCCAAAUGUGACACGUGCUGGGAAAAUGAGUCGGGAUGAGCAAAUUCUAUUCAAUUUCAAUCUCCAUUAAAAUACCUUAAUGACUGCGUAUUGCAUAUUCUCCUCCAGUUCUUUUCUUAAUAAUCAUUACAAUAUUAUUAAUCACAAUAUAGCUAUUUUUUAUUUUAUCUUUGUUAUUAAAAA